AUGGCUGCGCCGGGAGAGUUUCAGCGCGCUGAUGUCUAUUUGGUUAAAAGGUGGAAACGAGUACAAUAUCUCGCGAAUCAAUUUUGGGAAAGGUGGCGAAAGGAAUUCCUACUGGCACUUCAACAAAGACAGAAGUGGAAUACUCCUCGUCGUAACAUACAGAAAGGAGACGUGGUGCUGCUGAAAGAAGAUUCUGCACGUAAUCAAAGGAGAACAGC